AUGUCGUUCGAGAAUAUUCUGAACAAAGUUAAGGAGCACCCUGUGCUCUGGGACACGGGGCACAAAUACUACAAGCAGAAGACGGUGCAGGGGGAGUCAUGGGCACUGAUAGCGAGCGAACUGGACGUUGAAGAAAAGCUCGUGAGAAAUCGUUGGAAGUACUUAAAGGACCAAUGUCGGAAGGAACUCAAGAAAAUAGCUGCAGGCGAGAUAGACAAAUCGAGGUGGCAGUACUUCGAGCAACUGCACUUCCUCACGAAGUACCUCGAGGACGGAAAAAGCAAGCAGGAUUCGGAUUACGAGCCACCGCGGAAAGUCCAUAAAAGCGAAAGCCCGGAACCCUCCACCUCGGAGCCAGAAUCACGUAAACUGUUACACAUAACGAAUAAGCUAAACGAAUUGUCCAGAAGAAUGGACAACCAGAAUCCAUUUGAUGAAGAGUUGCGGAAUGAUCCGGAUUUUAUGUUUCUUAUGAGUAUUCUGCCGACGAUAAGGACGCUUACGGAUGUGCAAAAAUUCACAUUUAGGGGUAAAGUGAAUGAGUGGCUAUUGGAGGCGCUGGCGCAAACAGAGUUCAUUUUAAACGACCAAUACGAGUGUAAAUACGAAGCAUCGGACUCGUAG